ACUAGUAUUUAUUAGUAGUCAUUUUAAUCAUGCCAAAGAACGAGGUUACACUUUUUGCAUUAUAUCAUCAAGAUUCGAGACUGAGAUUUUUAUACUCUAUAGUCUUAUGCCUCCAAAUCUCUCCAAAAGAAUUUGCACCCGACAUUUUACUUCUAUGGACACAUGCAUUCACUGCCAAGAUUCAGCUGCCUGCCUCUCUUAAACCUCAAAAAACCAAUAGCCUCACACCAUAUCAAACAAAUCCAUGCCCAGUUAAUCACCAAUGCCCUCAAAGAACCCUCCUUUUUUGCCAAACUAAUUGAAAGCUACUGCUUUUCACCCUCUCCACUAAAUACCCAAUAUGCCCAUUUGAUAUUCAAACACUCUGAGACCCAAAGUUUGUUCCUUUUCAACACUUUAUUAAGAUGCAGCCAACCCAAGGACUCGAUGUAUACUUUUGCCAACUGGGUUUCAAAGGGGCACUUAGUUUUUGAUGAUUUCACUUUUAUUUUUGUGCUUGGAGCUUGUGCUAGGUCACAUUCAUUAUUAACGUUAUGGUUAGGGAGGCAAAUUCAUGUAAAAGUUUUGAAAUUUGGUGUUAUGUCAAACCUUUUGGUAAGGACUACAUUGAUUCAUUUCUAUGCAAAUAACAAGGAUAUUUUGUCAGCAAGAGGAGUGUUUGAUGAAAUGGCUGAGAGAAACAGUGUUACAUGGAACGCCAUGAUUAAAGGCUAUUGUUCACAAAGGGGAAGAGCCACGGAAUGUUGUAGAGAAGCUUUGAUGCUGUUUAGAGAUAUGUUAAAUGACGUUUCUGGGGUGAAUCCUACUGAUACUACCAUGGUUUGUGUUCUUUCAGCUUGUUCUCAAUUGGGAGAUCUUUACAGUGGGGCUUGUGUUCAUGGUUUCAUAGAGAAGACAAUUUUUGGGCCUGUAGAUGAUGUUUUUAUUGGAACUGGUCUUGUUGACAUGUAUGCAAAAUGUGGGAACAUUUAUAGUGCUUUAUAUAUUUUUAGGCUAAUGAGUGUGAAAAACGUUUUGACAUGGACUGCCAUGGGAACUGGGUUAGCUGUUCAUGGGAGAGGGAAAGAAGCAUUGGAGCUGUUGGAUGCAAUGGAGGAUUCUGGUAUUAAACCCAAUCCAGUGACUUUUACUAGCUUGUUUUCAGCUUGUUGUCAUGCAGGGCUUGUUGAAGAGGGACUUCAUUUAUUUCACAAUAUGAGUAACAGGUUUUGUCUUGCGCCUCAGAUACAACAUUAUGGUUGCAUCGUUGAUCUUUUAGGCAGGGCAGGACAUCUUAAAGCAGCCUAUGAUUUCAUUAUAGAGAUGCCAAUAAAACCUGAUGCCAUACUGUGGAGGAGUUUAUUGAGUGCAUGCAAUGUUCAUGGAGAUGUUGCAAUGGCUGAGAAGGUGGGGAAGAUUCUGUUUCGGCUUGAGCCACCAAAGAGUUCUGUACAUAUGCCUGUUACUAGCGAGGAUUAUGUAGCUUUAUCAAACAUUUAUGCUUCAGCUGGAAAGUGGCAGCAAGUGGAGAUGGUAAGAAAGAAAAUGAAGUUAAAGAGAGUAGAAACCAAACCUGGAGGUAGUUCCAUACAAACCAUCAGCAAAAUAGUUGAUGUGGGAAGUAGCAAAAUAGUUGUUGCUGAUAAAAAUGAGGCAAUGAAAGAAUGAAGAUGAAAUUACAGUAGAGACUGGAGAGACUAACCAAUGAAUGGAUUCAGUAUUUAUGCAUUUUCAACCAUGAUUCUCCAGCUGAUUUUUGUGCAGAUAGAAAGCCACCGAAAUAGAAUAACAUGAAAUCCGAAGAGGCAAUAGAAUGAAACACCGGCAAGGAAAUAUUCCCCCUUCAUCAGUAGAAUAGCGUCUGAAAUAGACUUAAUAGAUUGCCAAGAUUUUUGCAGAAUGUUAGUCAAAAGAUAAUAAAGGAUUUAACAUAAUCUUUUUCUUUCUUUUUAUGCCUCUCCCUCGUAACAAAUAUCAGGAUUAUUGGUGAUUUGCAUUCUAUAAUUCCCAUUAACAAUAUUUUUACACUGCCACAGUUGCCAGUUAAUAUUUUACCAUUCAAAAAGUAUAUCAAGAGAGAAACUGCAGCAUCACCCUGUGAAGAGGGAGGGAUUGGUGCAAGAGCUAGUGGCCUAAAGAAAUGGAUUCUCCCAAGGGUCCUAUUUAACAUGUUAUCCAAUAUAAGGAGACAAGCACGUUCAAACGUAAGUCUCUCUAUCCUUUGGUAGGACAGAACCUUAUGAUCCCAAUUGCAACUAUGUUUACCUAGCAACAAGGUUUGCUUAGUAAAUUUUUUUUUUUUUAACAAAAGAACACAUAACCCGAGGAUAGAGAAAAAAGAGCCGGUGUGACAUUUUAAAGGUGUUUGAAUUUAAAUCAUAAUUUUGAAAGGAUGAGCCUUUAUCUUUUUACAAGGGAUGAUUUUAUUUUAAACUUUCUUGGGUGGCAAGUUAUCACAUUAUUAUUCAAAAUUAAUCUCAAUCAUUCUCUAAACUAUACAUUUUUCAGUAGUUUCCAGUUUCGAAUGUACAUAUCUACAUUUUAUCAUAUAAAUUGUUAUGUAAGUCUAAAAAUUUUUAAACCCGAAAUGAUUUGAACAGAGGCAAAAAUUAAAUACACUCGUUGUUGUGAGUGUCAAACCAUCUUUUAUCGACUGAAAAUUUAAGACAAUACCGUAUUACUCUUGAAUGAAAUAAUCAAGAUAAGAAAUCAAGUAAAAUUCAACCAAUUAAGUCAUAACAAUCUCUUUUGCAUCAACUAUAACAUGGGCUACAACUAGAACCAAGAGCGGACUUGAACUGGAAUAUGAUGAAAUAAUCAGUUUCUGCUGAGAAAUUUAUUUAUAUUGUUCUUGAAAGAGUUGAAACUCUCAUCUGAGAUUUUGGAACUCAAUAAAUACAACAUACAUAAGAGAUAAGGAAA